UCUCUCGCUCGAUCUCUCUCCCUUCCAGCGGUUGCCCCACCUCGCCGCCUCUCCGCUCCUCUCCUCUCUUGGCCCCCGGCCCGCUAUAUAUCAGGGCUCUCACUGUGUUCCAGGGUCAGUUUCUUCCUCCUCGCCUUCGCCUAGCCCGCCGCCUGUCUUCAGCUACCUCCAGCAGCAGCUGCUGCCAACAAGUUCCUGAGAAGAACACUUCGGAGUGUUCAGAGAAGCUAGCGGAGAGCUAGUAGCUCAUCUAGCUAGCAGCCAGCCAAGGAACAUGAGGGACAUGGGAGAGAAGAGGAGACAUGGGGGAGGGCAUCAUGUCCAUGGUGUUGGGUUCGGAGCCGGAGGAGUUGGACAUGCCGAGCACGACGAGAAGCGCAGGGAGCCGAAGAAGCUGGACAUGAGCGGCAUGUCCAUGGACACCAUCCCGCAUCUCAGCAUGCCUCUUGGCAACAUCACUACCUUGGAUCUCUCCAACAACAACCUACAGAGCAUUCCAGAGUCCAUAAUCGCGAGGCUUCUGAACGUGGUGGUGCUGGACGUGCGCUCCAACCAGCUCACGUCGCUGCCCAACUCCAUCGGCUGCCUCUCCAAGCUCAAGGUCCUCAACGUCUCCGGCAACCUCCUCCGCGACCUGCCCGCCACCAUCGAGGAAUGCCGUGCGCUGGAGGAGCUGAACGCCAACUUCAACCAGCUGACGAAGCUGCCGGACACGCUGGGUUUCGAGCUCCACGGCCUCCGCCGCCUCUCCGUCAACUCCAACAAGCUCGCCUACCUGCCGUCGUCCACCUCCCACAUGACGGCGCUGCGGUCGCUGGACGCGCGGCUCAACUGCCUCCGCGCGCUGCCCGACGGGCUCGAGAACCUCGGCAGCCUCGAGACCCUGAACGUGAGCCAGAACUUCCAGUACCUGCGCGAGCUCCCCUACGGCAUCGGCCUCCUCGUCUCGCUCCGGGAGCUGGACGUCAGCUACAACUCCAUCGCCGCGCUCCCGGACUCCAUGGGCUGCCUCACCAAGCUCGCCCGGUUCAGCGCUGCGGGCAACCCGCUGGUGUGCCCGCCCAUGGACGUCGUCGAGCAGAGCCUCGACGCCAUGCGCGCCUACCUCAGCGCGCGGAUGAAUGGCACCGACAAGGACAGGAGGAGGAAGAAGAGCUGGGUGCCCAAGCUGGUGAAGUACAGCACCUUCUCGGCGAGGAUGAUGACGCCCGGCCGCGCGACCAAGGUGCACGGCAACGCCGAGCAGGGCCUGCUCAUGUCGGACUACCGGACGCUCGACGGCGGCAUCGCGUCGCCGGGGUUCCUCAGCAUGCUGUCGCCGCGGCGGCUCUUCUCGCCGCGGAGGAACUCGCCCAAGCAUCAUUAGUAUAGUAGGCUAUAUACCUGUGUGCAGCGUGCUCCUCUCCGUAUAGCCUGCCUGCUUGCUAGCUUGCUGCUUAAUUCGUGUGUGCAGAUAGAAAAUGCUCCUCGUAUUGUAGCGUGACUAAGCUGAUGCUGUUGCUACUGCAGAUGUAGUAUAUGUUUUGAAGAGAUACAUACAUGCAUAUAAAGUGUGUACAGUAGUAGUGGAAGUAGGGCAUUGAUGUACAUAAGAAUUAAGGGUGUCCAUUUCUCUUUUUCUUGUUUCUCGGUUACUUGGGCACAAUGCUUAUGAAAGAAGUAUUUUGGAGCAGUUGUUGCAUUUACAUGCUGAA